AGUGAUUUUGGUCAGUAAUGGCGACAUGUGCCUUGAAAGAUUUGUUGACGAAGUGUUUUGUGGUUAAUUAUACUUCUUCUAUGUAAUUGACAGUACCAAACAAGUGCACCAUAAUCUAUCCUUUUGAUUAUGUUGAUUUAAUAGAAAACUACAGUUAUUAUUGUAAGUUUGAAGACUUUGAAGAGUAAAAUUUGCCAAGCAACGUGGCCAUCUGCAAGUUUUUGUUCAAUGAUUGCGCAAGUUUAAAUUAAAACUUCACGAUGGCAACCAUUCUACCAUGAUUUCCAAUGUUUCACUAUCCUUUUGCGAGUAAUUAGUCAUCUUGAAUUGACUUAUUAGCUUAAGAGUAACAAUAUUUCGCACGGCCUCUGAUAUGUUGACACAAUUAUUUUGUGAAGGUUGAGAAGUUACAAUCAGAAUAUUUUAUAACCUCAUUUCUCAAAAAGGGAGGUUUGACAGUGUAACAAUAUGUCUGCAGCAGUAACUGCAGUUUCAAAAACUGAAACUGAAACUUUUCAUUCUGGUUCCACUUCAUGUGAAACAGCAAGCAUGAAUUCUCAACCAGUUGAGAAUGUAUGGACUAAACGUUCACUUGAGAAACAAACAUCAGUUCCACAACAAACAUCAGUUCCACAAGAGUCACAUCCUCCUGUGGAAGCAACACUUAAAGCAUCUGGUGAUGAAGAAAGAAAGGAACUUAUAGGUGAUGAAGAAUUCACUGAGGUGAAAAGCAAAAAAGAGAAACGUGAAAAGGACUAUAGAGAAGAGAGAAUCAAAGAUGAUAAGUCAAAAAGGACUGAGAAAAAGGAUUUAGAAAGAAAAGACUCUGAUAAACGUGAAAAGAAAGAUGCAGAGGAGAAGAAAGAAGAAAUAGUUAAGAAAUUUGACAAUGUUAACUAUGUUGAGGCUCCUCUUCCCAAGACUAACCCAUGGGCAGUAACAAAGUCACCAACUGCGAAGAAGCAAAGUCUUGAGACCGUCACAGCAGCUCCAGCAGUGAAGGUGGCGGAACCAAAGAAGUCUCCAGUGCCGGAGCUCAAAGAUACUCACUCAAAUGCUGUCAACAGGCAAGCAAAGGACACUAGCAAUUUAAGUGAUGAGAACUGGCCAGCCUUAAGUGAAGUGACCGAAGUGACCUCUCCUACCUUGUUGAAGGGAAAAACUGCGCCGCCCACCAUGAAACCAGCCCCACCGGUGGCAACCAGUCAACCGCCCCUGCCCAGCCCUCCUGCCACUAACACCAGCAAUAACCAGUCAAAUAGUGACUCAGGGGGCGACGAUUCAUCAAAGGAGAACAAGGAGAACAAUUCCUCCAAUGACGAGGGCAGUAAGACACCAAAGAGAAAGGGCGCCAAGCAGAAGUGGGUUCCUAUGAAUAUUGAUCACAAGUCAGGUCGUCACAGGCGCAGUAGAAGUGCAGGUAGAGCUUACCGCAGUGGCUCUGCGGUUGAAAAGGCUGCAGAAAGAAACAGACCAGAACGCAAUAGAUUUGGCUCAGAGUCAGAGAAUUGGCGUAAGGACAUGCGCCCUCCCAGCCCCAGGGGUGGCCAUGCCAGACGGGGUGGCAGGGGAGGUGGAGGAAUGAGGGGAAGGGGAGGCCGAGGUGGCGGCAGGGGGCGGGGUGGCAGGAUAGAUGCAGAUAGUCUUACAGGUCCCAAUAUGCACUAUGCAGUUACGGACCCAGCAUUGUUCAGCAACCCCACCCAGGGGCCGUUCUUCUUCAGCAUGCCAUACCUCGAUGAUGCAACUAUCAAGGACUAUGUAAAAAAGCAAAUUGAAUACUACUUCAGUGAGGAGAAUCUGCAGAGAGACUUCUUUCUGCGCCGCAAGAUGCAGAAGGGUGGUUGGAUACCAAUCAGUUUGAUUGCCAGUUUUCACAGAGUGCAGGCUCUCACCCAGAAUGUGGCCCUCAUAGUAGAGUCCCUGGUGGAGAGCUCAUGCCUAGAGUUGUCGGAGGAUCGCACUCGGGUUCGAGGAAUCAAAGAGCCCGAGAAGUGGCCCCUGGAGGACUCGAUGGCCAUCAACCCUGGGGCACUGGCUGCCACACGACUUCAACCGGACGUCCCAGAGUUUGUGCCCGGUCAGCUUCACGCUGACGUGCCGGAAUUUGUACCUGGGAAGAUGUAUUCCUUCACGGGACAAUCUGACAAUGGAGAUGAUGACCAUCGCUUAGGCAGGCAGUCGAGUAGACAAGACGACAUCUAUGCCCCCAAGCUGUCCUCCAGCGCCCCGGAGCUCCAGGGAGAGUGGAUGGAGGUCAAGAAACGAGCUAAAGACAGGAAGGAGAAAAAGAGAAAGAAGGAUCCCACUGGCAGUGAAGACAGGCCUCAGCAAGAGGAGCUGGACUUCAUGUUUGAUGAGGAGAUGACAGAAUUUGAAGGAGUUGGCAGGAGAAAUAAUUUUACAGAGUGGUCUGAUGAUGAUGACGACGACUACGAGAUACCAGACAGUGAGAUCAACAAGAUCCUCAUCGUCACCCAGACGCCUCCCGCGUUCCGGAAACAUCCGGGUGGAGACCGGACGGGCGACCACACGCCGCGCUCCAAAAUCACUUCGGAGAUGCACAAGCUGAUAAACGACGGGCUGUAUUACUACGAGCAGGACCUGUGGGACGAUAGCGAAUUGAUGGUGGGUAUGACAUCAGCCAUUGCAGCAAAACUUAAGAACGACUUUGAGAAGUUCAAGACAGUGAACAUUAUAUCAAAAGAGACAUUUGAACAGAUGGUGCCUCCAAAACUUGCUGAGGAACAGGAAGUUCCCCCUCCGCCCCCCUCAGCUGUCACUACGGAGACAGAGGAUACCACGAUGGAGGCGUUGAAGGUCCCUAGUCCGAGAGCUGCCCAGGACGAGAUGGCCAAAUCCCUUCCAACCUAUGUGCCCAACACUCCAGGCAGGCGAGAUCAUGGGUCCCGCACACCUCGUCAGCGCACGGACUCCGAGAAAGUGCGCUUCUACCCGGUCACCAAGGAUUCCACAAAGCCACCUGAUCCACAGACGCCACGCAAGGCCAAGACGAAGCACAUGAGCAACCCGCCAGUAGAGGGCCAUGUUGGCUGGGUGAUGGACUACAAGGAGCACAAGCCCCAGCGCUCCAGGAACAACUCAGCCUCCUACAGUGAAUGUGAUAUCCCGUCAAGCUACGGCUCAUAUGGCAGCUACAGCAGCACGCCGCAUGCAUUCCCCAACUUCCAGCACCCAUCACACGAGCUGCUCAGUGAUAACGGGUUUGUGUGGCAUGUAUAUCACAAGUACCACGCAAAGUGUGUCAAGGAACGUAAAAAGAUGGGGCCUGGAUUGUCACAAGAGAUGAACACGUUGUUUCGAUUCUGGUCAUUCUUUCUACGUCAGCAUUUUAACAAGAAAAUGUACACAGAGUUCAAGACUUUGGCUGUUGAGGACUCACAAGCUGGACACCGGUAUGGAGUGGAGUGCUUGUUUCGGUACUUCAGCUACGGGCUAGAAAAGAGAUUCCGCUCGGAUUUAUUUCAAGACUUCCAAGAGGAGGUUAUACGAGACUAUGAGCAUGGUCAGCUGUAUGGACUGGAGAAGUUCUGGGCAUUCCUCAAGUAUUCUAGAAAGCACGUCGACGUGGAUGCCAAACUGAAGGGCUGGCUCAGCAAGUACAAACGCCUCGAAGACUUCCGAGUCGAUUCUGUGGAAGAGGACACCCAUGUAGUCCACCACUCCAGCCUAUCUACCACUGGCCAUAAGACUCGCCACGGCUCAGGCCAGGGCCAGAGCCAAUCAAAAUCCAGGGGGCAGUCACAUGGCCCCAGUGGCAGCCAAUCACAGCAGUCGACACAAGGCAAGAACAGUUCCUCCGGCCAAUCACAGCAAGGCUCUCAGAGCAAAGGUGCUGACAGUAAAACUAGCCAAUCAACGUCACAUGGAACUAAGAACAGUGACUCAAAGUCUGGCCAAUCUCAGGCUGCAAAAGCAAAGCCCCCUGGCAAAGCAGGAUCAUCGCACUCCAACCAUCCGAAAGGCCCCAACCAGUCUGGAAAGGCACCAAAAGAUACCAGUCAAACUGAAAAGCACGCAUUGGAUAAAAAAUCAGACUCGCAACCUAAAUCUAAGGCUGAUGCACCAUCGAAGGGUGACACGGCUAAAGCUGUUACAUCUGCUGAGCCAACCUCCCCAAAGAAGUGAAAGCUGUUGUGAUUUCAGGCGGGUGGGGAUGUUUUUGUGGAAUGAACUGGCUAAAAUAACUUCUUUCCCCAGAUAUUUCAAAUUUGAAUCGUUGAAUUCUGGCAUUAAUGAAAUACUUUUCUGUGCAAGUAUUUUAUCAAUUAUUGUUAAAAAUCUUUUUCUAUAAAGUGUGUUCCUUAUUGCAAGGUUUAGCUGUACCACUUUAAAAUUUUCAAAUUAAGAGAGAUAUUAGUAAAGAAAAAAUCCACAUUAGACAAUUUUUAUUAUAUUUUUUUUUAUUAAAGAGACCUUAUGUGUUCAUUACAGUUCUGAUCAUUUUAAAAAUUAAUUAAACAGAUUUUAAAACUUUUUAUGCCCGCGGAUCGAAUGAUAGGGGACAUAUUGUUUUUGGCCUGUCUGUCUGUCAUUGUGUCAUUGUGUGUGUCCCAAAACUUUGACCAAGGUUAAAGUUUUGCAAUAACUUUUGCAAUAUUGAAGAUAGCAACUUGAUAUUUGGCAUGCAUGUGUAUCUUGUGGAACCGCACAUUUUGAGUGGUGAAAGGUCAAGGUCAUCCUUCAAGGUCAAAGGUCAAAUUUAUGGCUUCAAAGCGGCGCAAUAGGGGGCAUUGUGUUUCUGACAAACACAUCUCUUGUUACAUUUGAAAGUAGUGUAGUUAAUGAGUAUUGUAAGCAUUAAGUGUGUGUAUUUUUUACAUAACCCUUUAUUUGAUUGCAUUCUUUAAUAUUUGGCUUAUGUCACAAUUUAGUAGAAUUUAACCUUAUGAACACCCUAGCGGGCAAUUUUAUCAUUGUUUUAUUAGUAAAAAGAUGCAUUAGGCAUCAAAUUAAGGAUUUGACUUCUACUUGGCCAGAGGAAAAGUAUUUUUGAACAUAUAAUUGCCUCUACUCUUUUGAAGAAAGGUUGCCCAAUCUUUAAAUCAUUAUGAUUGCUGACACAUAAACAGACAUGCAUGACAAGAUUGUAAUUAAUUAAACAAAUGUUAUUCAAAUAAAUAAUCUUAUAAUGAAUAAUGUUCAGAAAUGUAUAGAAACAACUAUACUGUUAUGUGUUUCUGAUAAUUAUCUAUAUAAAAAAAGGCACAGUAAAUAGAAUGUUGUUUUAAUUCUUCAGACAAGAAUGUUUUCAUGAGGUUUGGAGAGUUUUUUUGUGAUUCUUUUUGUGUAUUGUUUUGCUUUCUAAAGUUUUUUUUUAAUUUGGAUUUUUUACGAUGGGCAUGAAUGACACAUUGCCUAACUGAAUGUAUUUUCAUUGGCGACUAGCAUCCUAAUGGCCAUUUCUUAUCUGUUUUACAAAUAAAUCUUAACAUUACAUUUACAAUAAGUGAAUGAUGUUUAUUAUUUGCUAAAGAAAUAUAACAUAGACCUGUCACUUUUCUAAUUUAUUUGCCCCUUGGGAUUUCGCCUAUUUUAAAAAACAUUUGCCCGAGAACUUUCUACAGGAUAGGGCAAGUUAGAAUGACCUUAUGAAUACCCUGUGACCUUCAAUUUCAGACGGGUCUCUUGAUUUUAUGCAAUUUAAUGUUAUUUGUGUUUGAAAUAUGAAUGGUUUGUUUUAUACUUUAAUGGAGCAAGGCAUUUGAUGAUGUCAUCAGUAGUAACACAAAAAAUUGAUGCAGUUCAUGAGGUGUUUAGAGAAAACAAAUGAAUAGAUUAUUGUUGUUAAGUGUAUUCACAGAUAUUUCUGUUGUUGUUGUGAUUAUAGUUACAAAAAUUGUAGAUUGGUUCCCAUAGUCAAUAAGCACAGAUGUUUUGAUACAAUUUACAGACUUUUGUUAUUUAAUAGUGUGAGAGGAAUUGUGCUUGUGCACAUUAUUAUUUUUCUGCACUUUCAUCAAGGUAGAAUGCAAAUAAUAAAAAUCAUGGAUUACCACAAUAAAUUGAGGUUUAUAUCAGAAAGCUUUGUAAACCAUCUGGUUAUUGGAAUGUUAAUUGUUAUUAUUUAUUGAAUAAAUGUCCACUUUUUCAUAUUUUGUAUUAACUGUUCUUGCAAUAAUUAUCUAUUAUAUUAUUUGGUAUAUGGAUAUAAACUUCAUAACCUUGCCAAAUUGGUCAGUCUGUAAACAUAAUAAUGCUGUUUUUUUAAUGCUUAAGAUUUUACAAGACCUCUGGAACAUUUAAAUACUAUCGCCCUGAAAUGGCAACACAUUGUUUGGUGUUUUGACCGAUGUGGUUUUCUCUUGUGAGUAAUUUGCAGUACCAGUACUUUUUAUACAUUUUCGGACAACAAUUAUGGUUGUUGAAAUCCUGUCAAUUGGAAAGAGUGGAUCCGUUUUUGUAUUAAAAUGUAAAAUAAUAAAAAAUAAAAAAAUAAAAAAUUACAAAAAAAGUAGAAAAGCUGUUACAUAAUAAUGUAUAAAAAGAAAAACCUGUUGCCAUACUACUGCAUGUGUAAUCAGUUGUUUUCUUUUGAUUGUUAUUUGCGCUGGACUCAGAUAUUUGUUAUUAUUUGAAAUGUAGCUAAUCGGUAUCUUAACGUUUCCAAACGCCAUUGCAUUUUAAUGUGUGCUCCAUUUUCAUUGUGUAACCAUGUUCCUGUUUGUUAUGAUUGUGUUCAUAUGUCUGCAUUUCGAUUGUUUGUGCUGCAUAUGUUAUUAACUCCAUCUUUUGCAAGUUAAUGAGAAGACUAUUAUGGACAAUUUAAAAUAUCUUAAUGGUAUUUUAAGCGAUUGAUAAUUGAGGGAAAACAUGUAUUUAAAUGUACUUACCAGAAUGCAGAAAUGUUGAAAGAACUUACUCUUCAAACACAUAGUGAUAAACUAUAUAACAGUAUUUCUCCAUGCAUGCAUUUUUGUCAUGACAAAGUUAGCUUUUUAUGCCCCCUGAUCGAAAGAUCGGGGGCAUAUUGUUUUUGGCCUGUCUGUCUGUCUGUCAUUCAUUCAUUGUGUGUGUCCCAAAACUUUAACCUUGGUUAAAGUUUUGCAAUAAUUUUUGCAUGAUUGAAGAUAGCAACUUGAUAUUUGGCAUGCAUGUGUAUCUCAUGGAGCUGCACAUUUUGAGUGGUGAAAGGUCAAGGUCAUCUAUAUGGCUUCAAAGCGGGGCAAUAGGGGGCAUUGUGUUUCUGACAAACACAUCUCUUGUUUGCUUCUCAUAAACUUUUUGUCAGUGUUUAUGAAUGAUAUUUUGUUAUCACUGUUACUGAUAUUCGUAAAUUAAGGUGUGAUUUUGUAUUGUCUUUGUUAAAACUGUUACAUGCAUACACAUAACUAGAAGUUGCAUAGUUCAUGUGUGUUAUGUGUUAUUUUCAAUAACUUUCUUUUAAAGUGUUUUUAUAAAGCAUUUUAUAGUUUAAUAUGAGUACAUGUAUAUUGUUUCUUUUAAUGGCGUGUUAUGCACACUUGUUAUGCUAUUUUAAAAGCUUUUGAUCUCUUUCCAAAUGUCACUUUACUUCCGCUGUAGAAGAAAAUCUCUAAACUUACAGCAAAAUGUAACAAAUUUGAUUUAAUUACUGCAUCGCUCGUAUUGCUAGACAUUCCUAAUACAGAAGAGUUUGCUUAAUCAGUUUUACUUGCUAUUUUUAGAGAUCAUGAUAUUUGCCUUAAUUUUAAUUAUUUGUGAUUUAAUGUUUUCUUAAUUUGUGGUAAAUGGAAUUGAUCAUAAUGGUGUACAUACAUUGUGCAGUUUAUCAUUUUGUAAUGUUUUACUUACGGCUUGAGUGUUCUGGCAUAAUUUGUUUUCAUAUUGUUAAUAUAUGGACAUCAAUAUCAUUGUGUUUUGAAAGUGUUAAUAUGUAUGGAUUUUUGUUUGUGCAAUUUGUAACUUUAUCAUAGCUAGGGCUGUCACGAUUCACCGGUAUACCGGUAUAUCGCGGUGCAUGUCGUGAAAAAAAUCGCACCGCGGUACGGCGUUGCCGCACCGUUUUUUUUUAAAUAUUAUUAUAUUAGCACAGAUAUAAAUACAUUACAUAAUUAUUUUGAUAUAGAUAUUGUUUUAAAAAAUGUAGAAGCGGUUCAAAAGGGCUAAAUAAAUAAUCCGUUAAUAUCCAGGUCAAGCAAGCGCUUCCACUUGUAGAUGUUUAACUUUCACGUUUAAAAUACGGCGAUGUAUGGGUCCGUACCUUUUUUGGAAUUAGGGACAGAUUUCCUUUGCAAAUAAGUUCAUAAUUAUCCAAAAGAUGUUUAUUCUAUUUCUUAUUUUCUUUCUUUAGUAUAUCGAUCGUUCAAAGCAUGGCACUUCCGAAUCAUGUUAUCUUAAGAUUCUGAAUAAGUCGAGGAAGAGUCAGAACGCUACGGAUUUUCAAUACUGGGCCCGCUGACUCCGCAUUUUGAACAUGCUCUUGAAGCGUUCGAUUUACACAGAUCGUAGUCACAGCUAUUGUAAACAACAUGGCGGACAUUUAAGAAAAAGACGCGAACAAUAACAUUAUAACAAUGACUACUUCUAUCAAGUUUAUUACAGUUUCUUUUACAGUUUGUAGUCAUACUAUGAUACCAGUGUUUUCUGAUUAUUGAGUUUAAUAAAGUUUGUAAAACUUGUUAUUCUGCUGUUUUCUUCACAGAUACAUAUUCUGUAAAAUAUCGCGGUACGUACCGCGAUACAGUGUUGCCGUCCCACGAUAUACCGCGGUACGCUCACGGCGUAUCGUGACAGCCCUAAUCAUAGCUGCUUGGAACUAAAUCUAAAAGAAAAAUAAUAAAUAUCCCUUCAAGAGAUCUUUUAGUGCAUGAUCGCAUAUAUGAUUUAAAUUAUAAUAUUAAUAAACACUGGUUGAAACCAGGUUGAAUUGAAAAUUAAAAUUGUAUAAUUGUUUCUUUAUAUAAAAACUUUUGCUAAUUUCUUUGUAUACCCUUUAUGAUGAUCUGUUGCAAUGUCUUAUUAAAUUUUCAGCUGCAAAGAAAUUUAUUACAGAGUAACAGUUAUGUUGUUUUUAUGCUAAGACAAGAUUAUGCUCAAUUGUUUGCGAUAAAAAUUCAUGGCUGUGUAAUAGUGAAUGGCCAAAGCAGGUGCUGUUGACACAGAAAACUACCUUUAGUAGAAUUUUCUCGUUAGAUAUUGUAAAUAGACAUUCACUUACUUUCCAUACGGUAAUGGAAUUAAUGCAUUGAUACUGUAUAAACAUUUAAAUUUACAGAUGUAUUUUUUGUUUUCCCAAAAUGAUUUUUGCUUCAUGUGUAGGUAAAUAGGUCAUUAAAUUCUAA